UAAAUAUAAAAACAAAAAGCAAAUUCCCAAGUCCUCUUCUUUGAUUCCAUUUCCAUGUGAACGGUGACACCACUGAACAGUAACCACCACUAUAUUCCUUUCGCCAGAUAAACAAACCAAAUUUAAUCCACAAUUUAGGGUUUUUUAAUCACAAGUUGUGGUUGUAUACUGUAGACACAAUCACCAGUAAUGUCAGAUUAGGGUUCUUGCUUCCAGACACAACUCUCAGAAACCACAGUUGUGGAAUCAGAUCGAAACCACAAUUCCUUCCUUCUGAAGCUGAAUUUUGACCAAACCCAUCAUCAUUUGAUUGGUAUGGAAGCUUCACUUUAUUUAUCCUUUAUUCUUUAAUUAAUUUAUAGUAUUAUCUUCCCUUUUUCCCCUUUUUGGUGAAUUUUUUAUCUCUCAAGUCAGAUUCGUACACCCUUCUCGUUUCUCUAAUCAUUGACUGUAUUUGAAAACCGAAACCCACUUAUUACUUCAGAUUCGGUAAAUGGGUUCUUUUCAGUCUUUCAAGCUUUGAAGCUUUUCUGAUCUGGGUUUUGUUGGAAUUUCUUAUUCUUCGAUCAUGAUCUGGAAGAUGGGGUUUUGAUUUGGAUUUGGAUUUGGAUUUUGAUCUGUUUUUCGUUGGAAUUUCGUGAACCAGAUAUCUAUAUCAGAAUCUAGGGUUACUGAAUUUGAUCAUUUGCAAAUUGCAAUGGGGGGAAACGAAAUAACUGUUGUAAUGGAAUUGAAGCUGGAAGAAGAUGAAGACGAGUUCCGAAGUUGUUGUGCAGAUGAGGAGGAACUCGAUGUGGAAGAAAUUACGAAACAAGGUUUAAAAUUUUGCACCGAUGAUGAAUUUCUUGAUGAAUUUUCUGUACGAAUGUUCUUCAAGGGUGUAUCGAUUUCAAAUCAUGGAAACAAUUGCUUCAAUGUCUCUGGAAUCGGGGUUGUAAUGGAAGGAGCUAACAAGGUUCCUGUUAUUCAAGUGCAAAAAAAGCUUGAUUUCUUUGUAGAUGAAUCAGUUGCAGAUUAUUUGGCUUUAAUGGAAGGUCUAUUAGAAGCUACACAAAAUAACAUCAAAAGAGUAUUCGCAUUCACCGAUUCCACAAUCUUAUUUCAUCAGAUUACAACCGAAAAAACAUUGGAAAACCCACUUCACAUGGCAUUGAAGCAAAGAGUUCUAGAACAUGUCACAAAUCUUGAUCAUUUCGUUCUAAAAUAUAUUCCCAAUGUUUUAGAGGCGUUACAUCUUGCUAAAGUGGCAAUUGGAAUGAUUCAUCUUCCAAUUAAAGGCGAUAAUUCAGUCCAAAAAUGUUCAAUUUGUUUAGAAGAAAAACCAACACCAAUAACAAUCACAAUGAAAUGCUCCCACAAAUUUUGUUCAAGUUGCAUCAAAUCUCACGUUGAAGAAAAACUCGAGUCCUCUCAACUCCCGGUUAAAUGCCCUUGUGUAAAUUGCCGAUAUUACAUUUCUACCCCUGAGUUCAAAUCUUUUCUUCCGGUUGUCUCUAAUACAUUGUUGGAGGACACAAUGAAUUCGAUUGGUGGAGAUAAAUUUUAUUGCCCUUUUUCUGAUUGCUCGGUUUUGCUUGAUCCUUGUUGUGAUUUGAAUGAUAAUAAUAAUUGUGUGGAGUGUCCGGUUUGUCGGAGGUUUAUAUGUGUGAAAUGUGGGGUGACGUGGCAUGCUUCAAUGAGCUGUGAUGAGUUUCAAGACCGCCCACCGGUGGCGGUAGAUGGUGGUGGCGGGGCGGAUAUUGGAAGAUGGAGGCGGUGCGAGAUGUGUGAAAGAAUGAUCGAAUUGACACGUGAUCACAUGACUUGUUGGUGUGGACAUGAGUUUUGUUAUUCAUGUGGGGCCCAAUACAUUGACAGUGAACAAACAUGUGAAUGUGCGAUAUUGGGAAGUGAUGGAGGAGGAGAAAAUGACGAAUUUACCCUUACACAGAAUAUCGGUUCGAGCACUGCGAUUGAGGAAUGGGCAUGGGAUUCAUGUGGGUCACUUUCAAAUUUGAUGGAUGCGUAUUCAGAUCAAGAAAGAUCACAACUUGCAUUGAUUCAAAGAUUUCUUGCUGGAGGGUUUAGUCUUGGAGAUCAUCAUACAUCCAUGUAUCAAUCUCAAUCUCAAUCUCAAUCUCAAUCUCCUCCACAUCAAUGCACAGAUUCUGGAUCUUCAUAUCUUGAUAACACCAUGAAAGACCUUCAUCAGCUUCCUUGGCUUGAGAGGUUUGUUUCUGUGAUUAGUGACAAUUAUUAUGAGGAGUAUACUCAGUGAAGUAUAUUACAUAUUUGAAAAUAGAUAAAAUGAAGAUUUGAAAGAUGGAGAUUGGAGAUUGGAUAGAUGAAGAUUGUCAUUUGUAUUGUAUUGUAGCCAUUAAACGUGGUUAAAUUAAUGAAUAUAGUCUUCAUCUUGAAGAUUGUAUUGAAUUAUUCUUGUAUACUGUUCAUGCUCAGUAUGAUCUGUUCUUUUUUUUUGAAAGGAAGGAUAUAUUACAAGAAAAUGAAUACGAAACACUUUGUGUGUUA